GCUAACUCGCCGACGCUAGUUUGACGGACAUCUUUAAUAGUACAUUUCCCCAGGCGAAAGAAGCAUCGGUCACAUUGGCUUUAAACGUUUAUACAAUACAAAACGCAAAAUGGCAAAACAGGAGGGCUAUGUAGUGGUUCCUCUACGCACCAAGCCCAAUUCCAAAAGCAGCCACAGCGUCUUCAUGCGGGAGCACUUUAUUCAUCUGAUGGAUCCCAACAAACCCAAGGGUCGCACACUCUUCCUGCUCAAUGUUCCGCCUUACGUGGCGGAAGACAGCCUGAACACGGUCUUCAGUCGGGCGGGAAGCAUUCAGGCCGUAGAGUUCGCCGUUAGGCCGGGAAAAGAGGAGACUACCAAAUGGUACGAGAGCACCGGGGAAACGUUCUCCUACGCUCGCCCGUUCUUUAUCUUUAAGGUAGCCUACAUUGUGUUUGAGAAGGCCAGCAGCAUCAACAAGGCCCUGGCCUUGGGAAGCAUUGACCUCUUCAAUACCAGCGGGGAGUGCAUUUUCAAAACAGGCAUGGAGCUCUGGCAUGAGGAGUACGAUAAAAACUACCUUUUGGAGGCUUACAAGGCGAAGGUACAGAUCAGGAAAUACAUGGCCGGUUACGACAAAAGGGAGCGAGCUGCGUCGGAGGCGGCCAAGAGCGGGAAAUCUGAUGCCGACGGAUGGGUCACCGUAGGCAACGAGGGACGCAACGCUGGCUUUAAGCAAAAGGCCUCUCUGAUGGGACGCCUGGAACAAAAGGUGCCCACGGAAAACAAGUCCAAGGAAUUGAAGAACUUUUACACCUUUCAGAUCCGCGAGAGUAAGAUGCAGAAUAUCAUGGAGAUUCGUAAAAAGUUCGAGGAGGACAAGCGAAAGAUUGAGCUGCUUAAACAGUCGCGUCGCUUUAAACCGUUUUAGUCAGUAAAACUAGGUUAAGAAUCGAAUAAACAUAUAUAUGGUACCAGACCCAAACUGAAAAAUCCAGCCAGCAUGACCGCACGUAAAUCGUCAUAAAUUUGUUUUGCCAUUGACACUACCGCGACCAAGUUCUGACCACGACAAAAUAAAAGUGAAAUGUCAUAUCUUAUAA